AUGACUGUAACAACUGCACCAUCAUACAAAUAUUACGAAUCACAAAGAUUAUCGAUAAUCACAGCCCCUUUCUCAGGAGGCCAAAGCAGAUCCGGAGUAGAAAAGGGUCCCAAAUACAUGUUAAAUCAUGGUCUUCAAAACUCCCUCACCAAACUAGGUUGGUCCACAGUUAUCACAGAGCCAUUAUCUUCUGCCAUUUUACAAAUUAAGAAAGAUGAAAUGGACCAAAAUGAUAGAAUGGGCAUCGUUAAGAGACCAAACUUGGUAGGGAAAGUGACUAAAUUGAUUUACGAAACUGUCACGAAAUCAUUGUCUAAUGAAAGAUUCCCAUUGACUUUGGGUGGUGAUCAUUCCAUUGCCAUGGGGACUGUGUCUGCUGUGAUCGAUAAAUUCCCCGAUGCGGGGUUGCUUUGGAUUGAUGCACAUGCAGAUAUUAAUACUUUAACUUCCACUGAUUCAGGGAAUUUACAUGGAUGUCCCGUUAGUUUCUUAAUGGGGUUGAAUGAUAAGAAGAUGGUUCCCGAGUCUAUGGAAUGGAUUCCAGGAAAUUUAAAACCAAACAAAAUCGCUUAUAUUGGAUUAAGAGAUAUUGAUGAAGGUGAAAAGAAAAUUUUGAAAAAUCUAGGUAUAGCUGCAUUUUCCAUGUAUCAUGUGGAUAGACUCGGUAUUAAUGAAGUCAUUGAAAUGGCAAUGAGGGCUAUUCAUCCUGAAACUAAUGGCGACGGUCCAAUUAUGUGUUCCUACGAUGUAGAUGCUUUAGAUCCAUUAUAUGUACCUGCUACAGGAACUCCAGUAAGAGGUGGCUUGACAUUGAGAGAAGGUUUAUUUCUGGUGGAAAGAUUGGCUGAAACUGGGAACCUUGUAGGCUUAGAUAUCGUCGAGGUUAACCCAGAUUUGGCAUCCAAAGAUGAUCAUGUUUCUGAUACUAUCGCUACAAGUUGUUCAAUUGCAAGAUGUGCCUUAGGGGAAACUUUAUUGUGA